AUGACUUCGAUUCAAAAUCUGAAGAAAUCGAGAGAAGCACUACUCGCGAAGAGGGAUUAUCAAAAAAGGGAAAAAGAAGAUAAAAUGAAUGCGAUGCAAUUCCAACUUGACGGAGCUCUCCGAGAAAAUGAACGACUUCGAAAAAUGAAUCAAGAGUUGAAAAGCCAGCGUGAUCAGUUGAAACGAGAGAAUGAAACUCUCCGAUUCGCAGACCCAGUCGAUCUUCGACAUUGGAAGUGCCGAUGUAUUAAUGCUGAGAAGAAAUGGACGGUUCAGCAGCAUCUGGCUAAAAAUGAGAAAGCAACUACGAAACAAGAUCUGAAAUCUAUAAAAAACGCGUUGGCUAUUGAGAGGAGAGCACAUCAGGAGACGAAGAUUGCCCUUGCGUAUUAUAGGAAUCAGGAGAAAAUUAGGAGCUUCCAAUCACACCCGGCAACUCAUGGUAGACCUGUACGAAUGAUACGAGACCCGGUGAACACUCCAGAAGAGGCUCAAAGCUCAACUUUCAAUUCAAUUUUGAUGAAUAUGGCUGCUCGAAUUACGCCCCCGGAUACAGAUGAAUCACAUACAGAUACAUCACAUAAAGAGAAGAAACCUGAAACUUUAGCUCAAAUUGUGGUUAAAGAGGAGGAGAAACCAGAAACAUGUAGAUUCCUGUUGUAA